AAAAACUAAAUGACCUUGUAAGGAACACAUUUUACAAAACGUUUGAUAAUGUUAUCGCGUUAAAAAUACAAUGGUGUCUGAAACACCCCAGGGAUAUUUCUUCGAUGUUCUGAAAAAAUCAACUCCAGAUGGAAAGUUGUCAAUUUAUUUGGACAGAAGGACAUUUAUCGACCAUUUCGACUACAUAGAUCCCAUCGAUGGUGUUCUAACUAUAUCCAAAGAUGUCAGGAAUACUGAUCAUGUCUUCCUAAUACUAACUUGUGCAUAUCGUUAUGGUAGAGAUGACUUAGAUGUGCUGGGUUUAACCUUUCAAAAGGAGAUAUUAAUUUAUACCCAGCAUUUAUGGCCAACACAUGUUGUGCAUGAAACAGAAUCACAAACUGGUGAUGUGAAAUGGCAUAAAAAAUGGAGGCGAUUAAAACGUAAUAAGAAAAAGAAAACUGAUACAACAACAACAACAACGACCGCAACAGCAGCAACUGCAGAAGAAGAAAUGAAAUAUAAUCAGAUAAAUAAUGAACCUUUUGGAAUAUUCAGUCAAUCAUUGAAAGAUUCUGAUUUAUCACCUUUCCAGGCAAGAUUGAAGGCUAAAUACACUGAACAGGCUGUACCAUUUCGUGUAAUUUUACCUCCAUCAUCUCCGUCUUCAGUUGCUAUUCAACCAAAUCAAGGAGAAACUCAUAAGCCCUAUGGAGUUACUUAUGAAUUGACGGCAUUCGUCGGCAAAAAAAUUGAUGACAACCAACCAACAUGUUCAACAGUCACCAUUGUUGUGAGGAAGCUUAUUGCUGGACCCAAACUGCCAAAUCGUCCAAUACAUCCUGUUGUUGAGUCAAUAAAGAAAACUAUUAGUCUGGCUUGUUAUUCUGGAGAAUUGCAUAUUAAAGCUUCUAUAGAAAAACCGUUGUAUUUUCAUGAUGAACCUAUUUGUAUAUCAGUUGUGUUGGAUAACUUUAGCCAGUUGGCCGUGAGAAAAUUACAAAUAGCUGUUGUACAGGCAGCUGAAAUGUAUCUACUCACCAAAGGAGUUUAUCGAUCCACUAUUGAUGGACAUUACUGCAAAGAAAAUCUUCCACAAGCUGGACAACAGGACUGGAGGUAUACAAUUACACUAGGCACAAGUUUAACAGAUAAACUGUUGAAACGUGGUGUUGCACUUGAUGGUUUUAUAAGACAAGAAAAGAAUUGGUUAGCUUCGUCGACAAUACUGAAGUUAUCAUCAGAUUUGGAUAGCUGUCUACAACUCAUGCAAAAUGUUAACACAAAACCUGAAGAAAAUUUGGAAGCAACGAUUAAAACUAACAAAGAAUUACACGGUAUUGUUAUCUCUUAUUGCGUACGUGUUAGAUGCUGGAUAGGAAUCAGGUGAGCCUGUUACUUCUCUGUUAUGUAAAAUGUGAAUUUGAAUUGAAGUUUCAGCAGAGAACUAUGCGCUACAGUAUAACAGUUCAGGUGUGCCACACGCAUAAAGCUAAGAAAAAAUUGAACCAUAUUAAACGGGAAUUCACGAGUGGAAGAAUUUGUUGAGCUGACAGGAAGGAGAAGUCAUUAGAUAUGGGAGUUGAUAAAACUGAAUUUAUCUCGGCCAAGUCACAAACAGUCUCAAAGCAGUAAAUCUUAGCAUCCCCAGAACUUCAUAGUGGCAAUCAAAGAUUCCAUGGAUCAAUCCAAGGUUUACACUUGAUCAUUAAUAACACUUUUCUAACCUAAUCAGAUAUCAACUCAAAUCGCCUGAGAAGGAAGACGACCGUUAGUCAUCUUUAUCAAUACAAAUUCAAAAACUCAUCAACUGCCUUUCCUCCCUGACCUGGAACACCUCAGCUAGCCUAAAUAUCACCCACUACUUUACCCUACUCAAUGAUGGAGAUGGAAUACAGACAUGCAUAGUCAGGGAUGGCUAGUCUCCUUAUAUCUACCACUUUCAAUGAUCAUGUCUCACAAUCGUAAAGAAGGACGGAAGAGACUGGUACUCAUCACUUAUUUGAUAGCCUGACAACAACUCUACGCUUUUUGGUGUCCUAGUUUUUUAAAGAAACGGUACUUUAGUCAUAGAAGUGUACUUCGAAAGAAAUAUAAUGUAUAUAUAUACAUAAUUUUGUAUAUCGCAAGACAGUACUAAUGUUACAAUUUGAAAUUUUCAGCAUUUGAUAAAAUAUUGCUUCUCAUUUUAUAGAAUAACGAUAAAAGUAAAUAUAGAAAUAAAUAACAUUACAGGAUUGUUAAUGGUAGCUCAUUAUUUGGUAUUUGUAGUGACACUGAAGUCAUAUAUAUAUAUAUUGUGAAUUUUUUGAGAGUUGCUUUUCAAGGAUUAAAUUUGUUUCUGCGAUUUUGAUCACGGAUUGAUAUAAGUUAGAGAAACAUUAAAAACCAGCACUGGAGUACUGGACAGCUGUUUCAUCCUACUUUGGGAAUCAUCACCAGUACGUACCCAAUGGGUUUGGAACCCACGGCUAUUAAAUAGGAUUCCAUUGACUGAAUUGUAUACCAGCUUGCCUUUUAACCAGAAGGUCUUGUAAAAUUUUAUAGACUGAGAAUAAUGUUAGUAGCUAAGAUUGUUAGGUAAAUGAAAUCGUGUCACAAUAGAUUAUGAAUAGAACCGAUUAUUUUGCUAACAAUAUUGUAAUUCUUAGGUUUCUCGUUUAAAACUGUCACUAUCACAUACAGUACGAGCCAUUUAUGGUAAUGUUGGGUUCCUAUACUUGGCAGUGCGAGCAUAUAAUCUAUUGUAGUGACCUGCAGUUCUAUCAGACAAGACACAAGGACAGAGUUGAGAAUAAAUGAGGUGUUGAGGCUCAGACAGUAUAGAUUUAGACCACCUCUGGUAUCAAUAGUAGUAACAAGCUGAGUAAGGUCCGCAUCACUUGGCCUAUUGAAAACCCUGAAUACCCUUCUCAAAAUAGCAUCGUCCUUUUUCAGUAGUCCAGGAAAAAAAAGCAGAAGGCAUCUCAUAAUUGCAGAAUAGUUAGAAGUAAUGAUCUUUUGGUCAAAUCGAAGGAAAUAAUGCUAUAAACCCAAAGAUCAUUAUCAGCAUUAUCAUCAACUGCUAAUUGACUGUGCAUGUGAUUUUGGAUUCACAUUAUCAAACAUAAUUCGAAAUAAAUGUGUAAGCUGAAAAUACUGUAGACAAUUUGUUUUUUUUAAUUUUAAGCCUGUAACUUUACUUAUUUCUAUUAUAAAGGUGGAAUAUAUGAGUAGAUGGCAUUUCAUUUUUUUU